AUGGCUGAUAGUGGUCGGGAAGAAAAGCUGGCCGCGGCCAGGAAAAAGGUUACAACAUUAUCGCAAUGGUUUUUAUCGGGAAAAAACUACAUUUUUAUUCAUGGUCGUGAGGUUUGAUUUCUCUCUUAUGCCUUGUAGCUCAAGAAAUUUCAACAAAAACGGACUCCUUCCUCGAGUCCGCUGGUAAAGGAUGUGAAACAUAGUGUAGAUUGCUCGUCGAAUUAUUCACCGAGUUCAUCAGAAUCCGGAGGGAACUUGUCAACAGCAAACGAAAAUGUUAGUAUAAAUCUUUCGUGUGUGUCUUUUUCUUCUUCGCACACACAGAUCCUUUUAGAUCGGUAGGCUCUAUAGUUACUAAGAGUGUGUUUUAAAAGUGUUUGGGUUUUGUAGCGUUAAUGUGGAAGUUUGUCCUUCAGUUUAGAAGAUAUUCACGCUCACUCAGUCAGUUACUAUCCACUGACUAAUUAUUUGUAGUUUACUUUUUAAGUUAUCUGAAUUUAUGCCUUCUUGUUAUCCAAUCUUGCUCGUUUUCCUUGGGCCAGGUACACGAAAGCAAAGCUUGUUCAUUCAGACAUUGUUUAUAUACAGUCUCAGCUGAUACCACCUAGGGGAGAUUUGGCGUUCUCUGGUUGGUUUAUGAUUUAGCUGCUCGAAUUUUCGGCAAAAAGUGGUCUGCCCUCGCCCAAAUUGAAUAUAUUUGGGUUCCUUUUCGUUUGAACAAAAUUUCAGAUCAGAAAUACAGGUUAGCUGAUUUCUAAGUGAACGUACUUUUGUAAAUACUUUAGCUUUAAAUUUAUUACCCUAGUGAUCUUACUUACUGAAUGGAUAUCUUAACUGAGCUAUUUAAAUUUGAAUUUCAGUGUUUGUUGUAAAUUAUCUGAAAAUUAGUCAUUUUUAAUAGUAAAAUAAAUGUACAGCCAUGCACUAACCAUAAAAAUCUGCAUUGACCAGCAAUCCACGGGUGGAUAUUGCCAAAUUUUCAUUCACAAUAUCAUAUCAGUAAAAUUGUUUUCAAGUAUCAUAACUAGUUAUAAUCUGCCUGAAGCUAAAUAAGAGCAUAGCAAUUUAUACCUCCCACUGGUAAUUAUCUGACAUAUACAUUUUGAUCUAAAGGGAUUUACCCCUUUUUGCAUGGUAGUUGUUUGUAAAUGUUGUCCAUUUGAAUCUUAAAGUAAUCUUAGGUAAUUUAGUGUUAACAACUGAGUUGAAAACGUAAAUUGGCCACCAUAAAGGGUAAAAAAGCUGACGUUUUAAAUCACUCUGACAAAGGGCUAACACUCAAAACAUCAGCUUUUUUAUUCUUGGUGGCCAAUUUACAUUUUCAACUCAGUUGUUAACACUAAAUUACCUGACCUAAACUAAAUUACCCCACUAACGCAGCACCACAGUUUCUUUAGAAACUUACCUCCUAUAAAGUAAUCCUACUUACUUGAAAAGAUCUGCAGUUUAGUUGUUAAAUUCCAAUGAUGAGACCAAUGGAAACAUCCAUGAGGGUACCGUAUUUAUUCAGUUAAAAGUGCAGUGUUUAUUGAAGGGUGGCAUUUAUACGAGGGAGGCAUUUAUUUAAAAUCCAAUUUAUUUCUUGCAAACAAAAACAAUAGUAUGGUAACUGACCAUUUUAAUUUUAAAAAACAGAAACAUGUCUCAGUGCUUGUCUAAAAAAUAAUUUUUUAUAUCAUUUUCAAUUUCACAAUCUGCAUGUUAAUACAUGAAGAUAAUAAAAGUGAAUAAAGAUCUAAUGUCAGAUAUGCUUUCUCAACAUCACAACUGGUACAUUCAAAAGGAUUGGUGUCUGGUUCACCUAAAAUUUCCAACGGCAAUCAAAGCAUUGAUUGCUGUGUGCAUUUUGAGUCUAUUAUUCAAGGGCAGCAUUUAUUUAAUAUUUCUGCCCUAAAAUGAGGUGUUUAUUUGAGGUGGGCACUUAAUCAAAUAAAUAUGGUAUACUUUUAUUAGUUGAUCCAGUACCAGAUUCUUAGAACUAAUAUAAUCAGAAACGUAUGGUGGACAGUAAGGAGGAUUACUAAUUAGAUCUUGGAAGUUCAAAAAAAAUAUAAAUUGCUGAGGAAUUUCACCUAAACAUUAUGUGUAAAUACACUGUUGUUAUCACCUUUCCACCAGAGCAGGGGGGUGGACGGAGGAGGAGGUUUACAAGAUAAUUUUGGUUGUAUGAACUAAGAUCAUAAUCAUGUAAAUUGGCCACUGUAAAGAGUUUCUAAUACCGAUGUUCAAGUAUCAGCCCUUCGUCAGCUCUCUGACAAAGGGGUACUAACCAUCAAAAUAUCAGCUUUAGAAAAUCCAAAGUGUUUCUAGGUGACUUUGAUUUAACUUCAUGUAAAAUUAGAAAAGUGUUGUAAUUUAUUUCAGCUUGCACAUGUCAUGUUAUUUAUAUGUAUCUCUCCAUAUCAUCAAUUCACCUGUAUUACCACACUGAAACUUAACUAUUUACACAGAUGAAAUGAUUCAUUUGUUGUCUUUCAGUGGUGAAUAAAAGGGUAACCACACAUGAAAUAGGCAUAGCUUUGUUGUACACAUAUAUUAUGUUUUGUACAGUCUAUAUAGGUUAAAUGAACCGCUGAGUCUUUUUGCAAACAUUUGUAAGGAAUAUUGUUGAAAAAGUGUACUUACUCAUAUUUGUUCUGUUUUGUUUUUUUCAAAGGUAAAUCAUCUCAACCCACCAUUAUUACCUGUAAAUGGGUAUGUAAAGUGUAAUUAUAAUGAAGUUUGUGGAUGUGGCUGCAAAGUAGACUGUUUUAUUUCAAGUUUUGUAGCUAAUGUACUCAUACAUUGUAAUUAUGCCAACUCACCCAGUUAAGAUUGUCUUCAGUGUAGAAGCAGUAGUCUCCCAGUUACAGAAUGAAUUGGUCUUUCAGAGAUUUGCUAAAUCUCUUACCUAAAAGUAAGCUGUGAUGAUUUUUUUUAUAAAGAGAGGAAACUGGUUUUAAUGUUACAGUAUCAUCAUGAAGAGCAAUUGGAUUUUCUAUUGAAAGUUUUAUUUUUGUGGAUCCUUUUUCCAAGGGUAUCACAUCAUACUAUCAAUACAGUGCUGAACAGGAAAUUCAAACAUCAAUAUUACUUGUAUCUGUUUCAGGUUUUAUACAUUUUGUUACUGACAGAGGAAUCUUCAUAAAAAGAGACAUUUUCAUCAAUUUAAUGGCAACUUGAUCCUUCAGUUGAGGCUUCCCCCUAACAAUUUAAUUUAAAGAAGGGAUGACAUUUAGUCAUUUUGGAUGGGGUUCAUGAUCCAAAAUCAUCUAUCCUGACCUCAGAUUUCAGAUCUCAAUUGGUUUUCAUAAAAAUUUUUUUGUCUGCUGAUAGACUUACCAACAUCUUGGAAGAGUGUUAAGCAAGAAAGCCAGGAGAUCGUUGAUUAACUAUUUGUUUUGUAUUCACAGAACACAUCUUUCAGAGGAGCUCAGCAAUCAACCACAAGUUAGUUCAUCUUUAUUACUCAUAAAAAUUUUUGAUAUGAUUAAAUGCAUCUAGACAAACAGACAAUGGGUAAAAUGUUAACCUUUCUUAAAUUCCCAGAAGUGACCAACAUGAAACUUUUCAUAAUUUUAAUGCAUAACCCAGUAGAGUAGUAAGGAGAAAAGACAUUAUUACUGAUCAGGAUUUGCCUGCUCUCUUUAAGGAAUUGGUUGGUGGAGUUGUUGAUCAUCCUCUUCCAUCUGGUUCAAAUGACAGGUAUGUGGAAAAAGCCUUUUUCUCAAAUUAACUUUCCAUAAAAGUUAAUUUGUGAGCAUGUAUCCUGUGUAUUUUACAUGUAUUUGUCUCCUAUAAUUUUCUCCCUGGUGUACUGUUUUUGAAAUGUAUUAGUCCACAGUCCAAAAAAAAAUAAGGACAAAGAUCAAGAUGGUGGUUUUUUUUAUCACAAACUUCAACCUCAUGUACAAUGGAAAUAUGGAAAACUGGUCACAUGACCUGGGGUGUGAGAAAACUUGAGCAUAAAGAUCUAACAGUUUUAGUCCCUUGUUUCCAAAUGCUGUUGUGUAGGAGGUAGUUAGAAGAAAAAAAAGAAAGAAAGAAAAGAAAAUACUCCCUUUAAACCGUGGUUAAAUGUGAAACAAGCACAAAGAGAAAGUACUACAUGUAUGCUUAACCUGGCCAAGAGAUGGCAUCAUUUUGCCCUGCACCCUUCAGCUCUUAAAACUCCAGUUUUUAUGUACACUCAUGCCACAAGCUUCUCAUGGUGGCAGCAGAUGUUUUUGGGGAAUUGCACUUUCUUACCAAAAACAUGAGAGGGUUUUUCCUUCUAUAACUUUAUCCUUGUAAUACUGUGGGAUUUCUGAUUGUCACCAAUAAACUAUAGUGGUAAUCUUUUAUUUUGCAGAGAAUACUCAACCACUGAAAAAAUAAAACAACUCGUAAGUACUAACAUGUACCUACAUGUGUGUAUGUGUGUACAAUGUCUUCAAAUUAAUCUGCAAAUAUAAUUUGGUUUACCCAUAGAGUACGUGAUUUAGCUCUGCAAAAUGAAAUGCUAAUGUCUUUGAAAUUUUAUGAUUUGUUUCUCAGUGUUCACAAAUAAAUGGACUUACAGUCAGCCAGGUGAGGAAAAUUGACUUCUGAUUUAGUGAUACUACUGUGCAAAGUAGUAACUAGUGCAUGUAUACUACAGUUUUUUUUUUGUAGAAUGCAAAGAUUUUGCCAUUGCCAUGGUAACUAGUAAAACUUUGUCAACAAAAAUUUACAUAAAUCAUUAAAAAAGUAGCCAAUUUGCUGAUCUGAUUGGGCUUAGUAUGGAAAAUUUGAUUGGUCAAGAGCAGAGUAUUUUAAUUAAUCAGUAUACAAAAGCAUGUGAAGUAGUUGACAUAUAAUUCAAUAUUUGCAACAGAUAUGCAUUUGUCAUUUGGUUUCUUCAAGAUAAUUUGAAUGAUCAAACCCCAUGUCUUUGUCAUCUGCCAAAGCUGAAGACUGAGGCAGAUAACUCAGACCCAGUUUUGCUAUUAUUCAUGAUCAUGCCUAACCUCAUGCAACAGUUGCUUAUUAUAAGUGAUGUAGAAUUCUAAAAGCUUUGAACUGCAAAUAAUUAUAUAGGGCUUGGUAACUUUAAUGAAACUAUUCACUAGAAAGAAAUACUUGGGAUUUAUCAUUCUAUGGUUGCAAUAUCCAAACAUUACUGUACAGGUAUUACUCAGUGUGUAUGGUUUUAACUUAAAGUGAUAUAUUUUCAUGAACUGUGAUGUUCUCUUGGUAGGAUCACUAUAUCAAUGGUGAAGAUCCACUUUUUCAUGAAAUCAAGUCUCUUGAGGUGUGUGAGUCUGCUUCUAUUUGAAAAAUGUUUUGAACUGUGUAGCUCCUGCAGUUCAGCAAUACAUGUACUUUUUUUUGUUAAGUGGAGGGAAUUUUCAGCAAUUCUGCUUGUGUUAUUUUAAAUUUUCAUGCUCAUACUUUUAUCAAAAAGCCAAUUUCACCCAAAUGCAAUUAUUAAGUCGAUUUGUCUUUUGUUUUGUUUCAUUGUUAUUGUUUCUAUUCCUGUCACAAUCAUUACUCAAGAAUACUGUAUUUGUGAAUUUCUCUUACUGGUGUUAUAGAAUCAUGUCACAAGCAGUCAUGUUGUCUAUCAAUUUGUCACAAGUUGAUAGGUUUUGUUUGUUCAGGGCAUUAAUGAUUUUAACUUCAUUUAAUGGUUUUGCAUCAUCAUCAAAUAACCUGUAUAUAUAUAUGUGAUUUUUCCGACACAUUGUUUAAUUGAUUUGCGAGUUAAGAGUUGUAAGUAUCUGCGAUUCAAUUAAGGGAUAGUUUAUUCAAUCAGUACACUAUUGUCCAGUUUAUAAAAGGUGCAAUAUUUGAGGGUAGGUUUUGCUGUUUGAUGAACAGACUUAAUAUACUUCUUAGUACCAUUCAUUUUUUUUUCUACAUGGGUGACUUCAACCCCAUACUAGCUUAAAACUUAUAAAGUCAAUGUGUGUACUGUGGUUCUUCAUGUUCAGGUGUACUGUAUUAAUUAGAAAUUUUUCUCUUACUGGUCAACAAGUUUUUGAAAUGGGUAGUUACUUGAUCUUUGUACUGUAGGAUAAUGAUGAUUAAAAUUUCAAAAGCAACCUACUUUUAGUUCAAAGGAAAGUUGUUUACAUGUAUUGCAACACUUCUUUCUCUCAUGAUUUUCAGAGUAGAAACCAUGAGCUUGAAGAUAGAGUACAGUCUUAUAAGAGAUCCAAUGAACAACUUAACAGUCAAGUUAACGAACAGGUAACUUGUACAUAUUAAAAUAUCUGUUGAGAUGCAGUAAUUGAAGAAAUUGCACCAUGAAAAAUUUGUAAUGAUUUUAUUCAAAAGUGAGCUACAAGUCUCAUUGAAAUGGUUCAAAUUGUACUGUACAUAAAAGUGUUAGAGUAAACAAGUAGUUCAGCAUUCCUUAAACAUUCCUAGGGUUUUAUUUGUUUCGUUUGAUUUACUCUUACAUUUGUUUUUCCCUUUCAUAUUGUUUUAUUUUUUAUAUCCUUAUUGUAUUGCAGAGAAGGCAAAUAAUACAGUUUCAGGAACAGAUCAAACGAGUAAGAGUAUCAAAAAUUAAAUUUUUAAAGUUGAUGAUAUAAUACUUGUGGAUAUAUGUGCAGUUAUACAUAAACUAUUUGAUUACUGAAUGGCCACGAUCUGUGUGCUUGAUGUACAAUACUAAAUUUAUAGUUAAAUGCAAUGAUGGAUAAGGUAAUCAGUGUGUAUAACAAAGCAAAGCAUGAUUCUUUGCCUUCUAUUUCUUUUCUUCUGGGAUGUAUUACUUUUGAAUUUACUGAUUUACAUGUACACGCUGUAUCCUGCUCUUGUACAUGUACUGCAACAACCUUUUCCAGAAAUUGUUUUUGCAGCCAGCCAUAUGCAUGAACAAAUGCUAACUGGAUAGGUUAAAAUUUAUUUCUGAUCAAGAUAGGUAUUUUUGUUAUUGCCUUGAUAAAUCAAAGUAGUCUGUAGUAUUGAAACAAGUGGUCAUGGAAAAUGCUGACCAUCUGUGUCUCUGGAGAACACUGCUUAAAUUCUUUUUUAAAAAAAAAAUAAAAAUAAAAAAAAAACUGUGAAUUUCAUGUACUUGUAGCUGUUAAAAAUUUUAGGCAUGAUCCAUAUCAACUUUCCUUUAGGAAAGAACAGAGUUAGCAAACAAACAGCUUUUGGAACAGAGGUCACUGAAAGAACAGCUUGAGGUGAGAAUUGAAGAAAUACAUGUAUAUGUCAUUUUAACAUGUAAAAUAAAUAAAUAUAAAAAAAAACUGAAGAAAUCUAUAAACUAUUUUUAAUUAUUGCUGUGAAAUAUUGCGCAUGAAGAUGUUUCUCUUAGCAACAGAUAUGGCCAUUGAAAUAUGCUCCUGAUAAGAGGUGUCAAAGCCAGAUGUAGAUGGUCAUUAGCCUUUGCUUCUAUCUGUAAAAUUAAUAGCUUCUACAUGUCUAUGCCUGAUCAUUAUAAGCAAUUAUGGAAGAGAUAUAGUGUAUGUUGGUUUCUGAAUUCGUUAUUAUAUUUUGUCAACCUCUGUUAUUGUCAUAUCCUCUUAAACGUUGAAAUUUCAAAGUACAACCUACUGAAGUGAUUAUCAGAUGAUUGCUUUUGGAUGAAAAUCCUUCAAUGUGUAGAUUCUGUUUUGAAUUUGUUGAUUAGUAAAUAGUUUGUGAUUCACUGUCCUUUUUUUUGUUGUUGUAUUUUUGUACAGUAUUUUUUAAAGCUGUGCUCUUGUUUUCAUCUAGGUUCAUAUUCAGACGAUAGGUAUUCUAGUGGGAGAGAAACAAGAGCUUCAGAGCUCUGUGUCACAACUGCAGAGGAAAUAUGAAAUCAAACAAAGUAGGUUGCUCAUGAUUACACUGAAUAGAGAUGAUAAUUGUAAACUUGAAUGUAACUUAGGCCUGUGCCACAGGACUUGAUGCUGUAUUUUCAAAUGCAAAUGCAUAUAAAUUUCCAGCUUUGUGCACUUUGCACCCAAUGAUUGUUCACUUUCAAGAUGGUGAAAGGUGAUUAGAAAUUAUUUUGCAUAUUGUGGAGGGAUCUCCAGGUUUGGUUUGAUAAAUAAAUUGGUUAUGUAGAGUGACAUGCAUAUGACAUGUAUGUGUCUAUAGUAAAAGGCAGCAUGUUCUGUUUGGAUCCAAUGAUGACUUACUUACAGCUGCAUGUAAGGAACGCACUUAAGUAUACAUAAAGUUGUCAUUCUUGUGGUUUUUCUCUUCUGCCUUAUCUUUAACUCACUGUUCAAACUUCUUGUUUUUCUUUUCCUAUUUUUUAUUUUUCUGCCUUGCUAAGUGUGUCAUCUGGUGGUGUGGAUGAUGGUAGUCCUUAACCCUCUCACUCCCAAGAUCUCAUCAGUAAUUAUUCUCCUUAAAGUCUGCUAUACAAUUAUUUUCCUGUUGCUUCAGAGAUUUGGCAUUGGAUCAACCAAUAAUCUCUUAAUUGAUAUUUUUCUUUAUUCUCAUUACUCUUCUACUUGAUAUCGUAUUGAUGUUGUAAGGAGAAAUUCUGUCUUGGUCACUCAUGGGAGUUAAGGGUGAAAAGACUAUUGAAAGUGAACAAGAUCAUUUAUUUUUUUUACAAUCUCAGUGGAGAUCAUUGUCAGAGUUAAGGAAGUAAUUGUCUGGCAUUCAAAUGCAGCAACCAAUCACCACAAGCACAUGCUGCCUGAGUCUUGCAGUCAGUAACAUAAAUGAUUAUUGAACUGUUAGUUUGUUUGACUCGGGAUAGCACCAUGUUUCAACUGCUAUACUACUAGUCGUAGUCAGUGUAGGAAUUAAUAGAUUUUGGGUCACUAUUUACGUGACACACUGUCAUUGGUUUGUUUCAAUUGUCAUCAUCAUCCUAACAUGUUCCAAUGAGCUGAUUUUGUUCCCUCUUGACAUCGUGGCCAAACUAACAAACUCAAUUUUGACAAAACCAAACUUAUAACAGUUGAGAUACUAGAAAUCUUCAUUAUAAUCUGAAUUAGAUUUAAGGACUACCAUUACAUUACUGGAUAAUUAGGAUAAUCAGGCUGUAAAUUCAACUGUUUCUCCCUGGCUUAGAACAUUUACUUCAUUUGAUUUCUGAUUUUCUACUGUUGAUUCAAUCAAAGCCUCUUUUCUUCAUUCCAUCUCAGGUGAAAACACAGAACUAACAAGCAGGUUACAAACUGUUCGACAAAAAGCAGCUGAGCUUGAGAAAAAUCUAGCAAAUGUCACUGCAACCUGUGAAAAGUAUGAAGAUGUAAGUUUAUCCACUUUAAAAUGUAUCAGUUUUUUGUUUUAUCCUUCAAUAUAACCAUAUAGCCAGAUUAAUUAUGUUUCUGAUACACUGUACUCUGCAACCUAACCAAGCCUUGUUUGCAAUAGUUCAUUGUAUGACCUAAACAGCCCUGAUGCACUUUUAUUGAAGGACAUCUCAGAAAGACCUUAGUAUAAAGGACUUGUGCAAUCUGGUAGACUGGUCCAGAAAUAGCUGCUUGCUGCAGGGCAGCUCAUUGGAAUGCAAGCUGUGCACUGAUAUGAAAUCUUGAAUGAUUGUUGGGUUGUGGGUGAGAAUGGGGUCAUAUUAUUGGAUCUUUGAAGAAAAAAACAGGGAAAUUACUUGUAACUAGUUCAACCAUUGUAGGAUGGAAAACAUGCAAGAAGAAAGGAAGAAAAAGAAAGAAAAGCAGUCAUAUGUUAACACUUGUAACUUUGCAAAAUUUGUUAUGGCUCCACCAAAGUAUUCCUGUAAUCAAGCAAUCAUAUUUUCUAACAGGAUGUGAAGCAACUUCGGCAAGAAAGAGAUAGAUAUCAGACAGCUAAUUACACGCAAAAGUAAGUUUCCCUAUGACUAAUUUGUACGUGGAGGUUUGUUAUGCAUGAUGUUACUUCACAGUCUUACUAAAAAGAUAGACAUGAUUCCAUAGAUGUGUUUUCCAUGCAUAGCAUCUGCGUAACAGGGUAGUAUGAUGUUCCAGAAAAUACUGUUAGGCUUGAUAUUAUAUUUUAAUGUAACACUCACCUCCAGAAAACUUCUUUAAAUAAACUACAGAUAAUUUAGAUAAUUUUUAAUAAAAUAUUUUUUAUGAACUGCACUGAUUUAUGG